AAUUUAGAUUCAAAGAUUCGAAAUUUGACACCUAAAUAUUCGUUGUUGCCACCCUGGCUGGUCCUAGUGUGCAUUGUGCAUUCUUCUUCUCCUCCUCUCUUUCCAACUUCAAUUUUUUGGUCUUCUUUCUUUUUUUUCGAGAUUUUCUGCUCGAAUUCCCAACUUUUCAAUUCUGAAAAAGAAAAGAAAAAAAAGACUUUAGGAUCUUAAUCCUUGUCUAUUAGUACAGUUUCAAUCUUUAAUCUUUCCGGGUAUUUGCCAAUUUGUGCAAAGUUUCAUCCUUUUGCCAUUUUGUUGUUCAAGAUUUUGCAAAUUUUUGGUGUGAAGUUUGAAUCUAGAACUGGGUAAAUUGUAAUGUAAGAGUUGAAAUGGGUGUUAAUUCUAGUGAUGAUUUGGUGAAAACAAUUGAAGAAAUUUGUGAUGGAAGUAGUUGUGAUGAAACAUCUCAAAGAGUCGACAAUGUGACAGAGAAGAAGGAUCAGAGGUUUUUUCUGAAGCAGUCAUCUCUUUCGAAUGGUCUUUUAACUAGAGUGGAGGAGGAUUUCACAAAACGUAACCCAGUAGUAACAAAGCUGUCACAGCUUCAUUCCAUUGGAAGUGUUUCUGCUACUUUUGAUGGCAUUGCUCCUGAUCUGAGGAAAUCUAUUCCAAGGUUAAAAAUUGCCAUGCUUGUUGUUGGCACAAGAGGAGAUGUUCAGCCUUUUAUAGCUGUUGCAAAGAAACUUAAGGCAUUUGGUCAUCACGUUCGGUUGGCAACUCAUAUUAAUUUUAGCGACUUUGUCAAGUCAGCUGGUGUCGAGUUCUAUCCUUUGGGCGGUGAUCCACGCGUUCUAGCAGGAUAUAUGGCAAGAAAUAAAGGGUUGCCUGUAGCAAAAGGAGAGUUAUCAAUUCAGAGGGAGCAAUUGGAAGCUAUUAUGGAAUCAAUCCUACCUGCUUGUACAGAACCAGACAUAAAGACUGGUGCACCGUUUAGAGCUCAAGCAAUUAUUGCUAACCCUCCUGCUUAUGGACAGUCACAUGUUGCUGAAGCUCUAAAUGUACCUCUACACAUACUCUUUACAGUGCCAUGGACGCCAACUUAUGAAUUUCCCAGCCCAAUAGCUCAUUUACCUCAAAGUCCUGGUAACCGGUUGUCAUAUGUUAUUGUUGAUCUACUGAUUUGGUGGAUUAUAAGGGGUCAUAUAAAUGACAUCAGGAAGAGACAGUUGAAGCUUCCUCCCAUUUCAUACUUUAGCACGUACUAUGGAUCUAUAUAUCAUUUGCCAACGACAUACAUGUGGAGUCGUCAUGUCUUACCCAAACCAAAAGAUUGGGGACCUGAAGUUGAUGUUGUUGGUUAUUGUUUCUUAAACCUUGGAUAUAAGUAUCAGCCACAAGAAGAGUUGGUAGAUUGGAUAAAGAAAGGGCCAAGGCCAAUAUAUGUCGGCUUCGGAAGCAUGCUUCUUGAUGAUUCCAGGAGAACUACAGAUAUCAUCCUUGAAGCACUGAAGCAUACCGGACAGCGUGGAAUACUUGACCGGGGUUGGGGAGACCUUGGUAUUUCUUCUGAUUUUCCAGAUGACAUCUUCCUUCUCGAGAAUUGCCCUCACGAUUGGCUUUUUCCUCAAUGUUCUGCAGUGGUUCACCAUGGUGGUGGUGGAACUACAGCAGCUGGACUAAAAGCAGGGUGUCCCACUACAAUAGUUCCAUUUUUUGGAGAUCAGUUCUUCUGGGGUGAUAGGAUUCAUGAGAAAGGAUUGGGACCAGAACCUAUACCUGUUAACCAGCUCACUGUUGAAGCUCUCUCUAAUGCUAUCAGAUUCAUGCUUGACCCUGAGGUCAAAUGUCGUGCAACUGAAAUAGCCCAGUUGAUGGAGAAUGAAGAUGGUGUUGCAGCUGCUGUUGAUGCAUUUCAUCGACAUCUACCCGAUGAAUUGCCAGUGCCACCUGCAUCGGUAGUGGAAAACCAUCAUCAUCCAAAUAUUAUACAGUGGUUCUUUGUUCAAAUUGGAACUAUUUGUUGCCAGGUUUGUUCUUAGAUUUCUGUAGGUGGGGGUGUGACAAGAGGGUUUGUAAAGCUUUGCCCUCAUGUGUUGUUCAAAACUUGUGUCAUUCUUUUGUAGUUACUUCAUCAUUCAUUUAUUCAUUUCAUUCUGUAUAUUUUGUUUCCAACAUAAGGUGGUAAAAUACAUUAGGAAACCCUAUUAACGAUGGAUAGUUUCUUUACAUGAAUAGUUUGUCAAGUAUAUUUAUUGUCUCAUGAUGAACUAAUGUAUUGUAAAAUACUAGUGAAAUGCAUUUUUAGGGACUCACUUUUUUA